CCCCCCACCUUUCAUUCUACUGUGUAAUUUACAUCAAAAUCAAGAUGAGGCACAGAUUUGGCUGGAGUCGGCUCGGAAGAGAUUCUAAGCACAGGAGAGACCUGCUCAAGAACAUGGCCAUGUCUCUAAUUAAACAUGAGCGGAUUAUGACCACUCUGCCCAAAGCUAAAGAGCUGAGAAGAACUGGGGACAUGAUGAUCACACUGGGAAAGAAGGGAUCACCUCACGCUAAACGAGAAGCGUGGAACUGGAUGAGGGAGGAUGGAGUACUGGUUGCUAAGUUAUUUGGUCCACUGAGAGAUCGCUACAUGUCUCGUCCCGGUGGCUACACUCGCGUGUUGAAGGCGCCCAAUAGAAAGGGAGACAACGCCCCCAUGGCUGUGGUAGAGCUCGUCGGAAACAGGUUUCCCCCCUUGAGGCCAGAGAGGGAGGCGAGGCGUGGAGGUCACCAUAGCGACUCUACCGGUCAGUCACUGAACACAAUUGAAUCACCAGAUAGAACAAGUGUAGAGAAUGAAGUAGGAACACCUGUUUAAUUCAAUACAUGUAUCCUUUGUUGUCAGUUUCAGUGUAUCUUAUCUCUAUUGAGGUAUAGUGCUUUAGUUUCCUUUCUGUGAAAAAACAGCAAAUGCUAUAUAUGUAUAUUCAAUGACUUAUUGAUGUUUCUUCUAA